AUGGAUUCCUCUCAAGUAUCCAGCAUAUUCUGGGAUUAUAUAUUUGUAGGCGGUGGCCUUGCAGCGUCAGUUGUUGCCCACCGGCUUUAUCAAUUUGACUCGUGCCUCAAAAUCCUUCUCGUGGAGGCAGGGCCCAAUGCAAAUAAUCGAUCUGACAUUGUCUGGGUGAAUUCUACCAAUUUAAUCGGCGGUGAUUUUGACUGGAAAGACCAUAGCGUUAAGCAGUCCCACGUCGAUGGGCGAAGUAUCGAUCUGCCAAGUGGCAAAGCCCUUGGUGGAGGUACGGUUAUUAACACUGGAGGGUGGCUUCGGGGCGAUAAGAUCGACUAUGAUAUCUGGGGCUCAUUGAUCAACGACGCGCGCUGGAGCUACGAGGGUCAGCUUCCAUUCAUGCGAAGCGGACCUGUGUCUAUCCAGACAGCUGCCUCAACCGGUCGCAAAUUCCCGCUUCGUGAAUACACGUUACGAUCAUGGGCUGAACUCGGUGUUAAACCCUUGCCGGAACUUGAUGCCAACUGGUACAAUCGCGUAGGAGUUGGUGAUCUGCAGGAGAAUAGGAAGGACGGCAGGCGGCAAAUCGCCUCAGUUGUAUACCCACUUGACGGUGUCACUGUCUUGACUGACACUCUAGUGGAGAAGGUGCUGAUCGAGAACCCAACCAAGCACGAGGGCAGCAUUGCUGUCGGAAUCCGGCUGGCCACUGGCACCGAGAUCCGCGGACGUGAAACCAUCGUCGCUGCCGGUGCCAUGCGUACACCACAAGUACUGAUGCUUUCUGGCAUCGGACCAGCUGCUGAGCUCGGGAAAUUUGGCAUUCCUGUCCUGGUAGACAACCCAGACGUCGGCCAGAACCUCGCUGACCAUGCUCUUUUUUUCCACACAUGGAAGGUUAAAGAUCCUAAGGCUGGUUGGGCGAUUGGAUCACCUAACCCCUUGUUCAAAGAACCGCAAUACGGCUGGGGUCAACCGUUUGAUUUAAUCGUGUCUUGUGACGUAGAGAAAAAGGGUCUUGCUGCCGCUAUCGCAGAAGAUGAGGGUGCUAUUCCCGAUCCAGCUACCCAUCCACUUCUCGCUAACGAACGUACGUUCUAUGAGCAUGUCUUCAUGUACGUCGGUGCAGCGGAUGGGUCACUAGUUACGUUGGGGACUAUUACAAUGUUGCCUACAGCUCGAGGAUCAGUAAAGCUUGCGUCAGCCGAUAUUAAGGAAGCACCACUGAUUGAUCCUAACUUCUUGGGCACAGCCGUAGAUCGGUAUGCAAUACGCGAUGCUGUAAAGAUGCAGGUCAAGUUUGCCGGGAGCGAUGCUACGAUUAUUGGCCGAGAAAUUCUCGAUGGGGAGGUCGGCGCUCCAGGGUUUGAUAGCGUCCUGACUACAAACUCUACUGACGAAUACAUCGAUGCACGCAUCCGAGGUGGAUUAGGUACGAGCGAACACCCUAUGGGGACCGCAGCAAUGGGUAAAGUGGUGGACAACAACUUGAAGGUAAAAGGAGUGAAGAAUCUACGCGUGGUCGACGCCUCAGUCUUCCCAGUUGUUAUUACCGGGCACUUACAGGUUGCUGUAUAUGCUUUAGCUGAGCAAGCUGCUGAGAUUAUCCACGCCGAACGUAGCAAGCCUGCAUAA